AUGGAAAAUAUAGAUAAAGAGGAAGCAGUUACUACCACUACUACUGCGAGGAGAAUCAACAUCGAGUACAAUGGCAGUGACCUAUACGACUCGUUUGAGUUCAAACAGAUGAUUUUACAACUCAACGAGGCCAUUCAAACCUCCAAAGCAUCUUCACCAACUUACCAAGAGAUGGCACACAAGCUAAACAAGGCCAUUCAGGGUUCUAAUGCCUCAUCUCCAGCAUAUGUCUUUCACAUAAAUUCCCCCUUCUAUCGACGCCACCUGAAGCGUAUCUACAAACAAAACACUAAGACACCGAGAAGAAUUUCCAGUCCAAAAGUACCAGACAAACGAGCAUGCACAGGAGGAACAAGAGAAAGAGGUUUUGUAUCACGCCUGUGGUUGAAGGUUAAAGGUCUACUUGGGAAGAAGCAUGAAAGUGAAGAGGGGAUAAACAGACCCUCGAAACCAUUUUAA